AUGGAAGUCGCUCGAGUCCUCGGAAACUUGCGAAAAGACGGCUGGAAGCUGCGAAGGACAUUUAAGUUAUGGAGUAGGGGGAGCCCAGGAGUUCGGUUUAAUAGGCUAGGUCGAGUGGGUUGAGGAACAUACCAAGCUACUCGUAGAUCGAGCAGUUGUUUAUUCGAAUACGGAUGUUGCUAUGGGUGGCAACUACGUCUUGAUUGCUCAGAUAUGCCCGAAGCUUGCCAAAGCGAUGUUUCAUAGAAUAAAGACGAUCAGCAGUCUAGAUAAGAGGACCCUUUACAACAAUCUACUGGAGAGAUAUGGGAGAUCAGCAGACUACCCCAGAAAGCCCUUCACGAUUCCCGUACCUUUUUUUCCGAUUAUCUGCCUUUUUGUAUGAGUAUUGGCGUGCCAGCCGCUGACUUCAGUUACUUUUAUGACGAUGAAAAUAAUAAUUUUCUUCUUUACCCAGUUUAUCAUACGCGGAUAGACUGCUGUUAUUGGAUAAAAUUAAUAUAGGAUAAAGUUCGUGGAUCCCAUGACUAAACUCAUCGGCGGACUCGCUUUCAUUUUAGCGACACUUCUGUUUUCUAUUUCCAAGUCUUAUGUUAUGCCAAAGCAGUCAAAAAUUCUUUUGGCAUGA